GGAUGUAACCCUCUUGCUGAGACUGGUCGAAGCAAACUGCAAAAUCAAAGAGCUGUCCUAAACCAACAGAUCUUAAGAGCAGUAAGAAUGAGAGCUGGCGCUGAAAAUCUUUUAAGAGCAACCACCAACAACAAAGUACGAGAGCAGGUACUACUGGAACUGAGUUUUGUAAACUCGGACCUGCAGAUCUUAAAGGAGGAAUUGGAAGGACUUAAUAUCUCGGUAGAAGUUUAUCAAAAUACAGAAGAGACUUUCAGCAUUCCCUUGGUACCUCUUGGCCUGAAGGAAACCAAAGAAGUAGAUUUUACACUUCCCCUCAAGGACUUUAUUCUGGAACAUUAUAGUGAAGACAGUUCUGAGUAUGAAGAUGAAAUAGCAGAUCUCAUGGAUCUGAGACAAGCCUGCCGCACUCCUAGCCGAGAUGAAGCUGGCAUUGAGCUGUUGAUAAGCUAUUUCCUUCAACUUGGUUAUGUAGAAAACAGAUUUUUCCCACCCACUAGACACAUGGGAGUUCUAUUUACAUGGUAUGAUUCCUUCACAGGUGUCCCAGUGUGUCAGCAAAACCUGUUGCUUGAAAAAGCUAGUAUUUUGUUCAACAUUGGAGCCCUCUACACCCAGAUUGGAACAAGAUGCAAUCGUCAGACCCAGGGUGGACUUGAAAAUGCUGUUGAUGCUUUUCAGAGAGCUGCAGGAGUCCUAAGCUACUUAAAGGAGACCUUCACUCACACACCAAGUUAUGAUAUGAGCCCAGCUAUGCUGAACGUACUAGUAAAAAUGAUGCUCGCACAAGCUCAAGAGUGUGUUUUUGAGCAGAUUGGUCUUCCUGGAAUACGCAAUGAGUUUUUCACACUAGUGAAAAUGACACAGGAAGUUGCCAAGGUGGGAGAGGUUUACAUGCUGGUUAACACUGCAAUGAAUCAGGAACCAGUGAAAGAGAAUAUCCCCUAUUCCUGGUCUAAACUGGCACAAAUAAAGUCAGACCAUUACAAAGCUCUGGCGCAUUACUUCAUUGCCACCAUUCUAUGUGACCAUGAAUUGCAGUCCAGUGAUGAUGAAGAUCAGCAGGAGAAAGCCUUGUCCCAGUUGUAUGACUACAUGCCUGAAGGACUGAUGGUUCUCACCGUUUUAAAGGACAAAGUUCAGAGAAAACAAUUAGGGAAAGCACAUUUACACAAAGCCAUCGUUUACCACGAAGAAGCCCUAAGAGUCUGUGGUCUGUGCAAAAAGCUUCGAAACAUUGAUGUUCUUCAGGAGGUUCUGACAGCCGCACAUAAGCGCUCACUUCUCAAAUAUGCUCAGCAAGAGACGGAGGAUGACUUUCUCAGUCUAAUCCAGGCUCCAGAUAUCCUUCGUAAGUAUACACAGCUAGAAAUAAAGG